AUGAAGAUCGGAAAGCCGAAGUCAAAGCGCGUACCCGUGCGGUUAAGGAAUAAGAUCGAGAAGAAGUCGGCGGAAAAGCAGCGCAAAGCGAAGAAGGCUGCGAAGAAGAACCCAGAAUGGCGAUCGAAGACGAAGAAGGACCCAGGUAUUCCCAACCUAUUUCCGUACAAGGACAAAAUUCUCGCAGAAGUCGAGGAGUCACGCCGGCGCAAAGAGGAGGAGAACGCUCGUCGUCGUGAGCUGGCUCGAGAGCUGAAGAAGAAUGGAGGCGCUGUUGCGGAAGGUGCGGAGGAUGACUUUGAAGAAUUCGAUGCCGAAGACAACGAGCUCCUUGACGACGAUGACAGCGAGGACGACGACACCAUGGAUGUGGAUAGCUCCAAUCCCAUGGCCGCUCUGCUCGCCUCCGCUAAAGCCCGCGCCGCCGCCUUCGAUAAGCAGAAUGGAGACGACAACGACGCAAUGGACGAUGACGAUGACUCGGAGGUCUCCGACGAGGAAGAGGGUGGCGUUAAGGUGCGCAAGGAUUCCUCAAGAAAGCAGUUCGACAAGGUGUACAAGCAAGUAGUGGAUGCGGCCGAUGUUGUGCUAUACGUCCUCGAUGCUCGAGACCCCACAAGCACGCGAUCGAAAGAGGUCGAACAAAUGGUCAUGUCAGCAGACGGCGGAAGCAAGCGCAUGAUCUUCAUUCUCAACAAGAUCGAUUUAGUGCCUCCGCCAGUCCUCCGCGCGUGGCUUGUACACUUGCGUCGCUCGUUUCCCACGAUUCCCCUACGCGCAUCGAAAUCCGCAGCGAAUGCGAAGACGUUCGAGCACAAAGACCUCACCGUGAAGAGCACAUCUGAGACGCUUUUCAAGGCUCUCAAGUCCUUCGCUGAGUCACGGCAAUUGAAGCGAUCCAUCAAAGUUGGCAUUAUCGGGUAUCCCAAUGUUGGCAAAUCGUCCGUUAUCAACGCCUUGGGCGCGAGAAUGGGAGGAAAAGGACCUGCAGCUCCUGUGGGCGCAGAGGCCGGUGUCACCACCAGUCUCCGUGAGGUCAAGCUAGACAACAAGCUGAAACUCCUCGACUCGCCUGGUAUCGUGUUCCCCAACACUCAAGAGGGGUCCAAGGAGAGCAAAGUAUCACAACAAGCGCGCCUCAUCCUACUCAACGCCGUCCCACCCAAGGAAAUUGACGAUCCUGUGCCUGCAGUCACUCUACUCUUGAAGAGAUUAUCGUCGUCCGAGGAUCUGUUUGCGAAGCUCAUGCAGGUCUACGAUCUGCCUGCUCUCCUCACUAACGGAACCGACCGCACGACCGACUUCUUGGUUCAAGUUGCAAGGAAACGAGGACGUCUUGGUCGUGGCGGUAUUCCCAAUCUCCACAGCGCUGCACAGACGGUUCUCUGCGACUGGAGAGAUGGACGCAUCCAGGGAUGGACAAGUCCGCCCAAAUACACACCAGCCGCCGAACCAUCGACAACGAAGACUGCGCCAGCAACUAAAGGUGGUCUUGUUGGUGACCAGAAGGAAAUUGUGAAGGAGUGGGCUACCGAGUUCAAACUGGAGGGCCUCUGGGGUGAUGAGCCCGCAGCCAACGAGCCGGCCGAAGCAAUGGAGAUGUAGGAACGUUACUCUCAGCGCAUCAUGGUACGGCGAAUUUGGAGUUCGGUCUUGUUUCUGUACUGGGUGAAAAAGGCAGUCUUUCUUUGAUGAACUCUUUAUAUAAAGGCUUGUCUGACGAUACCAAAUCAAAACUGUUUACU